AUGACCAUUCAUACUAGUCAGGAAAUAAUACUCAAAGCUUCACAACACAUUUGGGUUAUUGAUGAAAAUUUAGCUUGGGAUAAUCUAAUUUAUCUUGCAGUUGGUCAUGUAGAAUAUUUGAGCCAACUUAUUCAGAUUGAAGGUCCCUUAUUACCUUCUGAGAUUGAAGAUACAAAAAAUAAAAAAGCUAUCAAAU